UGCUAGGAAAAGCUAGAUCAUAGUAGAUGGUCUUAGAACCAUCUUAUGAACCAUGGUGCAUAGGUGGUGCAAAUGGCAAACGUGCUGGAGACGACCUGCUCCCUAAGGCAGAGCCUUUAAGUCGAAUGCUUACAGAUCUUGUAAAGGAAGGAUUGAAUACGGCUUAAGUUAUCGUUGCCCCUUUGUUGUCAAAGAAAUGCCCUUCAUGUGGUAGGUCCACUGAGUAAUGGAGGAAGGUCACGAGAAGACAGACUGAAGUUUUACUAAGCUGAUGGUCAGUCAAUGUGGGAGCAAACAAAUUGAAUGAGGAAUGCUCUCUUACUGUUGCAAAAGUUGCUGUAGGUCGUCAGAGGUGCUUUUAACCAAGUAAAAGUAGCAUUCGACGGGAAUUCUGCCCAUGAUUAGGGUGAUGGUGCAACUACAGAGGGGCUGGUGAAUCGGAGAGAACUCAAUGGAAAAUCCAGAAGAUCAGGCCUGGCAGCAAAGCCAGGGCCUAGGAAGCCAGCUCCUUAGUGAACGGGAUGAGUUGCUUGUGCAAGGGGCGGCUGUGGAAAAGGCGGCAGUGCUUGUAGACAUGGCGCUUGAUGGCGUUGGAAUCCCCUUCGAGACCCUGAAAGAGGACGGCUCAGAAGCCGCCAUGCGCGCAUACCUUAUAUACCACAAGCUGGAGUGGCUGAGAGAUGCAGCGGUGCUGGCUCUCCUAGUACUUCUUUUCCUGGAGGCCCCUCCCUGGAUGCGCCAGAUGUGCCCUGAUCCUCAGCAAUAUCCACUUGGCAGCUUGCCCUACAUAUACGCACCGACUGUGGUUUCAGUACAGGCCGCAUGCACGGUUCUCCUAGCGCUGGAAACGUGGCUUGUCCUACAAUACAGAGGCUGGGGGGACUUGUGCAAAGCGCCAGUCCAUGGGACCAAGAUCCUCUUGCUGCUGUGCCUGGCUGCCGACUGCCUCUCCCUCGAGAACGACGUCUUCGUCCGUGUUGGCUACUACAUUAGGAUCCCCGUUGUCGUGACGUUUCAAAGGGAGCUGCGGGAGACUUUUUGCGCGUUGGUGCAAAUUGUGCGCAAGUUUCUGGAUGUCGUGCUGCUGGUGUUUCUGUACAUCGCAAUCUUCGCGUGGCUGGGCAUGCUGUUCUUCCACGAGAGCGAGGAGGGCCGCCAGUGGUUUCCCACCUACCAGCAUUCCCUGCUCAACAUGUUUUACCUCCUCACGCUCUCCUACAACCCCAACAUCCAGAUCCCCGCCUACGAGGCCAACCGGUGGUCGGUGUGGUUUUUCAUCGUCUUCUUGGUGCUGGGGAUCUUCAUCCUCAUGAACCUCAUGCUCGCCGUCAUCUACGAGGCUUUCAAGGAACAGGUUGUAAAGCAGCUGGUGAAGGAGGAGAAGAACCGGGACCGGGACCUGAGAGCGGCUUUCCACUUCCUAGACGACCAGGGUCGCGGUUGGAUCAACAGCUCGCAGAUGGUGGAGCUCUUCACAGCGCUGAGUCGAUUUAGGAGCGUGCCGUCUCUGCAAACGAUGCAGCUCUACUUGAGCGAGCUGAACUCGGAAGAAAGCUUCAAGGUGACUGAGGACGAGUUUCUGGACCUGUGCCACGUCAUCGUGUCGAGAUUUGUCAAAGUCGAAGAGCCGCACUUUCUGGAGUCCUGCUGGCCGGGCCUUUUCUUCUCCGGGAGUUUCCAGACUUUUGCGGCGAUGGUCGCACACCCAGGGUUUACGAUGGCGGUUGACGUCAUCCUCCUGCUCAACCUAGUCGUGCUUGUCAUGGAGGGCAUGACAGACAUGUCCGACUCACCGUCGCACGAGUACUGGCUGUGGGGCGUGUACGCUUUCGGCGGGCUUUACUUUGUGGAGAUGGCGAUGCGCAUUCUGGCGCGCGGUUGGGGCCCCUACUGGCGCAGCUUCCGCAGCAGGCUUGACUGCCUCACCACGCUCGCCAUAGGCGCGUGCUUCCUGCUGUCCCCCGUCUUCGGCCUCCCCCUCAAGACGGACUACGUGCGGUUUUUGGAGAUCACCCGGGUGCUUCGGUUGCUGCACCUGCUAGGCGGCCUGCGCCGCUUCAAGAUCAUCGUGCGCACGUUCCUGCGGCUCCUCCCCGCCAUGGCCCCCCUCAUGAUGCUCCUCUUCUGCUUCCUCUGCCUCUACUGCGCGGUCGGCGUUCAGCUCUUUGGCGGGCUGGUGUACAAGGGCAACCCGGACCUGGAGAGCACCUCCUACGUACAGAACAACUUCACGAGCCGCAACUUCAACGACUUUGCGAGCGGCAUGGUCACCAUCUUCGACCUCCUCAUGGCCAGCAGCUGGCUGACGUACCAGGACGCGUUUGUACGGGCCACCCACAACCAGUGGACGUCCGUUUACUUUAUCAGCUUCUACGUCUUGGCGAUUGUAUACAUGCUGAACCUGGUCGUGGCGUUCGUGCUGUCGGCUUUCGUGACCCAGAUGAAGAUCGAGGAGCGGCGGGAAGCGAAGAGACUCAAAGCGCUUGCCGACGGGCGGCUCAUACAGCCACAGUCCCCCGGUGAGAGUUCCGGCUCUUCCCGCCGGCCACCUUACACGUUGCACAGCAGCCCGAGCAGUCUGCGUUUGAUAGAAAACAUGUUCAAAGCCGAGCUAGAGACCGCCAAGAUCGAACAGGGAUUGUACAGUUAUGACGGAAGCGUCGGGUCACGUGGGCGGGGCGACGGUUUCUUGAGCGACAUUGGAUCUGGAAGCGAGAUUGAGGACACGGAUAGGAGGGGAGUGACGGAGAGGAGGAACCGGGGGUCCAAACGAGCGAGCGCGCUCUUUUUGGACGAGGACGAUGUAGCAUAGCACGCAAAAUUUAUCCGAAAGGCUUUGUAGCCGUCUACAGCAAGAUGAUGUGGGCCGCUCGGCGUAAGGAGAGAGGGAGGCUAGCGCCAAAAAGGGCAGGUGUCGCUAAAGAGUACCCCCGGGCAGGGCAAGGAGUUUAAUGCGUUUACCGCAUUGUUCUACAGUUGUGUUUGGAUGAGAAGGGGUACUGAAACUUCCGUGUCGUAUUAGAGUCGCUAGCUUGGGUGGUACUUUGCUGCUUGUCGCUGUUGUUGCAAACGUUCUGUAGAGAAUCAGCGUACAGGUCAUGGCGGCCAGACUGUGAGAGGUAGAACCAUCACGGAUGUACAUUAGACAUCUGGUCGACGGACUGAGCAUGCUCGAGCACACUGACCACUACACCUACAUCAAGUGGUGCGGUUGCAUGCAAGGAUCUAUACAUAUCAACCAUGAGUGG